UCUAAUUUCAUUCAUCAUCUGGUUUUCAGCUUCAGCUCUCAAGGCUCUGCCCAACAAAUUGAGACGAUUGUUGUUUCAUGUUUUUCGUGUUCGGCUCAGUUUAUUGUUAUGUAUUUGAAAGUUUGUGAUAUUUGUGAGUUACUUCGCUAAUGUUAAAUGUAUUUAUAACUUUGUUGAUGCUAAAUAUUUAUUCCAAACCAUGUCGAACCGUUCAGACAGCCUUGAGGUUGUUCAUGAAGGAUGGCUAACAAAAUCUCCACCGACUAAACGUAUUUGGCGUGCCAGAUGGAGAAGAAGAUGGUUUGUACUGAGGCAUUCUGGAGAGCUGCCUGGCCAGUAUUUCCUCUACUACUAUACGGACAGAAAUUGUCGCAAAUUGAAGGGCCAAAUCGACUUGGACCAAUGUGAACAGGUUGACGCCGGGCUAAGGUUUGAGAACAGAAAGCAGAAGUACCAGUACAUGUUUGUGGUGAAGACCCCAAAACGCACCUAUUACCUGGCCACUGAGACUGAGCUCGAGAUGAACAAAUGGGUCGACUGUAUCUGCCAGGUGUGCGGACUCAGGGCUUUCCUCAACGAAGAGAAUAACUGUUACGAAUACGGCGGCCACGAGCAGGAGGACGAGCCGUCAAUAGCCGAGGAGUCGAGUCAAAACGCAGAGUCUCCACCCGUCUCACCCACAUCGACAGCCUCCGGGCCCUACAUCCCGCUCAACGAGUGCUUCACGGGCAAACUGCCCCUCGCCAACGGUGAUGAGUUCUACGACGCACCUCGCAAGCUCCAGCCGCCUCCCAACCUCGAACUGAGGGUGUCUGAAUCCUCCACACCUCCACUACAAUCCCCUGUAACCGAUGCUGAAAGUGUGUUCACUGACGAGGAAUGGGUGAACAACACUCAGAUGAAACCUCCCGUCAACUGGAAGACAUUCCCGAAACCUUCGGACAGUUCUUUGGAGGGAGAUGUUGUGCCACGUUCGGCUACCCUAGCUACGGUUGCUAAACGGUUUACGAGGGUUCUGACCGAGGAUGAAGUGGUGGGGGUUUUGCCGGUGGCACCUCCCCGGCCUCCUAAACCGUCCCAUCUGUCUCCUCCGGACCCCAACGAUCACAACUAUCUGAACCUUGAGAACUGUGUGGAGGUGGGUGAACAGGUGGGGGGUGGGGUGACGGAUGACAUGUAUGAUUUCCCGCGCACCCACAACGUACAAGUGGACGGAUCCCUGCAGAAUGCGCCCGUGGCUCAGAAACGUAACUGUUACACUAAUUACUCUACAAAUAAAUCCAAUGGAGGAACUGUGUUCCGAUAUGAUUUCGACCAUCAUCAUCAACCGCAGAGUUUGGACGCAUCGGAACCGGUAUCGCCGAACGUGUCGGAGAGCUCGUCAACAGCGGCAGCCCAAUAUUCUAACCUGCCCUCCCCGUUGACUCCUUCACUACCUACGCCGCCCCCCGGGGGUGGGAAUGGUGGAUUUGUGGUGCCGCCUCCGUUUGUGAAUCGUGGAUUGAAACCGCAGCGACGGAAUCGGUCGGGCUCGGUUACGUCCAACGAUGGACCGUCGCCUGGGGUGGUUGGCGGUGUGACCCCUGGGGGGGCAGGGGUGGUGGGGCCCCCCAAUGUGGACCGUGCCCUCAAACCGACACCAGUCGCUAGGAAGAAGUACGAUGUGCAUCUGGAUGAGGGCUCAAGCCCCGGCGCCCUAGUACUAUGCGCACCACCGGGCGGACGACGCAACAGUGCAGUUGCCAACAAAUCGACUACAGUAGUUGCCAACAAAUCGACAAUGUUGCCAACAACCACAGCGGUUGGCAACAAAUCAGCGGUGUUGCCAACAAGCACAGCAGUUGGCAACAAAUCUGUGGUGUUGUCAACAGGCACAGUGGUUGCGAUCGGCGAUUAUGGCUCGCUGAAGGUGGGGGGGAGCAGAGGGGGAUCGGGGCGAGCGGCCCCCACCCCGUCACCGCCCGUAGCGGGGCUGAUGCUGCACUUGCUUCAGCCUAGGCGGCACUCGGAUACCUCUGAACCGGAUUUGCGGAAUAGUGAUCAUGAGAUGCUACAGAUGUACAAACAAGGUGACCUUUGGCUUUCGAGCAACCCGCAUCUGAUUGGCUCAAAACGCUGGGACGAAAUCGAGUAUCUUGAUUUGGAUCUGAAUUCGGCUGACUACAGCGGAACUGGAACAGCCAAUAGGAAAGCGGGACCCGGAAUGACGUCACAGGUUGCCCCGUCAACGCCUUUUACGCCCACUGUUUACAAAACGGUUGAUUUCCUCAAAACGGAAGCGUUCAAUCGCACUCGACAGUCUGUGGAGGCCGAACGGAAACACCUAUGACAAGUAACGGUUAACAACUGGUUGACGUUGAUCAUCUAUCUAGAUGGUAUUAAGAUAGUGGUGUCGUCAGCAAAGAGGAUACAGUUCUUCCUAUGGUCCAUUUCUGUGGGGAAGUCAUUUAUGUAGAUCAGGAAUAGCAGUGGCUCCAGUAUUGACCCGUGAGGAACACCUUUAUAGACUGUCCGUAGAGAGGAUUUUUAGCUUACAAUGCUGUUUUGCUUCUGAUGGUUUAUUUCAACAUAUUGCUUUCGAUUCAAGAGAUAGUCUUCCAGCCAUUGGUAGGGCUCUCUCUCUUUUUAUCUUGAGCUUCCGUUUCAGCAGGCCAAGGUCAGUGGUAUCAAAUGCUUUCUGGAUGUCUAUAAAAAGACCUGAAACUGUUUUACCUUCCUCCCAGAGUUUGCUGAUAUUGUUACAUAGUUCUGAGGCCCUUCCUGAAUCCGUGUUGUGUGCUGAAAGUAGGCUGUUUUUCUCAAGGUAUGCAAUAAGUUGGUCAUAUAUAGCUCUUUCAAUCAACUUUGAUGUUACAGGCAAGUUAGCUAUGACAAUUGUCACUGUACAAGUGAUCAGUUAAAUAGUAAUUUUUCUCAAUAAUUGGAAACAAAAAUAUCAGUAAGAAUGUUUUCUUUGAUCAACCAAUUCUCAAGUUUUGUUAUUUUACCAUAUAUAUUUUAUCUCAUACAGAUGUUGUAUUUGUAUUGUAAGCUUCUCGGUAAUAUUCUUCUUGAAAUAAAAAAGUAAUAAUGUAGGAUAAUAAUUAGAUAUUGCAAUCGUUGUCUUUCUAGAAGUAUAUUCAAGACUUUUUAAGUCAAAUUUCCAAAUUAUUCUCAACUUCUCCUAUUUAUUUCUAACAAUUCAGAUUAUAUUCAAAAAAUGUAUAUUUGUUGAACAACUUGAGCAUAUUUUUAGCUUGUUGAGUUUAGUCAAAAUGUACAGACUGUAUUAUAUAAUUGCGAAUUAUCUGGUCCAUGUUCUAUAAUAUGAUUAUGUAAAAUCUAUUCGUUGUUACGUUUUUAUAUUUUAAUACUAGGCAUGUUUUAACAAUAUUUUGUAUAUUUUUUUAAACAACAGUGCUAUAGAUUAGUAUUUUUGUAAUUAUUGGAUAUAGUAUCUUCUUUCUCUGUAAUUAGAUGACAAUAUAAUAUGAUUUACCAAGAA